AACUGUCAGCAGCUUGCUUGGACUCGAUUUGGAAAUGUAAUAACAAUUUGUAAAAUGUAUUUCGACAAAUGGAAGGCGUUCAACCAACUUCCGCUGCAAUAUGAAGAAGGAUCAGGAAACACAGGACAAUCUACCGAAACCGAAACGCAGCAAGGUUAAGCCAAAAGAUGAAGAAGCAACACCAGCAGCACCAGCAGGUGCUGCAGCAGAUGAAGAAGAAGAAGACGAGCGGCCAAGUGUCAGCAGACCAGUUCACCUGACGCCAACAGUUAUAGUUGUAAACGAAACGCAGAGCGCAGAGACGAAGGAACGAAACUCACUUAAGAAAGCUUCGAGACAAUCAGUUCUACAAGAGAAUAGAGCAGAGAAGAGACCAAGUUCACUUAAGAAGGAAGCUUCAAGAUUUUCAAUUCUACAAGAGAAUAGGUCGACUGCUAGCAUCGAGAGCUCUGCAUCAAGGAAGAAAAAAAAGCUGGUCAUAGUGGAAGUAGAGAGUGACAGUGAUCAGGAAAGUAAUCCAUCCAAUACGAACAAUCGGAAUACCUUAUCUGAUCGGUUUUCGGCGUCACCAUUAAUGGUCCCAGAUGAGCGAUUCAGUGAUGGGGUCUGUACGCAUUCACCACUAAUGCUACCCUUCUGUUGAUUGUUAUCUCGUGGUUUAUUAUCUGGCAGCUGGAUUUCUUUAUAAACAGCAUGCGUGUGCUGGCCGAG